AUGACAAGCUGUUCUCUAGAUGUGGCUCAGAGAGCCGCUGUCAGAAGUGGUUUGCAAGAAGGACGCGAACCAGCAUGGGCAGCGGAGGCAAGCCUGCCGGCGGGCAGGCCGCAGGGACGGCGCGACCGACACCACGGCUGUCCCCACCACAGCGGCCACCCAGCAGUGACGAGCGUCACAGAGGGCGGACCUAGACUGCAGGCUGUGCGCGUCAUCCGGCCAGUGGUGUCCGACGGGACGGAGGCGCGGAGCUGGAGGAAGACGAUUAAGGAAAAUGAAGUCAAAGUGCACGGGGUUAAUGAUUUGCUGCUUCGUUUGCUGGGGGCUUUACCCUUGCAAACAUCCAGGAAGAACCCCGAGGCAGGCCUGCAGGACGUCGGAUCGUGGUCUGCGAUGACUGUUCAUGACGGGGCUGCCGGAGGCGGCUGUGAUGGGCUGCCCGACCUGGCAGGACUGGCCUGCGGCUGA